GUGCCCUGCGCGGGCCAACGAGAGCGAAUCCAGUGACUCACCUCCGCCGCGCUCGCCCCUCGCUGGCUCGCCCCUCACACACGCUCACACCCGGCUCGACAUGGCGGCGGCUGCGGCGGGGGACUCCGACUCCUGGGACGCGGACACGUUCUCCGUGGAAGACCCGGUGCGGAAGGUGGGGGCCGGCGGUACCGCCGGCGGGGACCGCUGGGAAGGCGAGGACGAGGACGAGGACGUCAAGGAUAAUUGGGAUGACGAUGAUGAGGAAAAAAAAGAGGAAGCAGAAGUAAAACCAGAAGUAAAAAUUUCAGAAAAGAAAAAAAUAACAGAGAAGAUAAAAGAGAAAGAACGGCAACAGAAGAAAAGGCAAGAAGAAAUUAAAAAGAGGUUAGAAGAACCUGAAGAAACAAAAGUACUAACACCAGAAGAACAAUUAGCAGAUAAACUGCGGCUAAAGAAAUUACAGGAAGAAGCAGACCUUGAAUUAGCAAAAGAAACUUUUGGUGUUACUAAUACAGUUUUUGGAAUAGAUGCUAUGAACCCAUCUUCAAGAGAUGACUUCACAGAGUUUGGAAAGCUACUAAAAGAUAAAAUUACACAGUAUGAAAAGUCAUUAUAUUAUGCCAGUUUUUUAGAAGCCUUAGUUCGAGAUGUGUGUAUUUCAUUGGAAAUUGAUGACUUGAAAAAGAUCACCAAUUCACUGACUGUGCUUUGUAGUGAGAAACAGAAGCAAGAAAAGCAAAGCAAAGCCAAAAAGAAGAAGAAAGGUGUGGUUCCUGGAGGGGGAUUAAAGGCCACCAUGAAAGACGAUCUGGCAGAUUAUGGUGGUUAUGAUGGAGGAUAUGUACAAGACUUUGAAGAUUUCAUGUGACAUUUUAUCUUCUCUGGUGUCUUCUUUCUGUUGCCCACAAUCCCUUCAACAUGUAGCACAACUUCCUUUCCUUUCAGUUCUGCCAAAUGCUACAAUCAGAAGUGCAGUAUCUUUUGUGCUGGUUACUUAACCCCUUGACACUUAGGUGCUAAUGUGCAAAUGAGGGAACUUGGAUCUUGCUGCCAAGGGGUUAAAAUUGGGAACCUCAGUUGCUACUAAAUCAUAGUUUUAAAAAAAACUUAAUAAUGUUGUCAUUGUUGCUAUCUGAUUCUAUAGCAGCAGUCACUAAAUUGGAAACAAAGAGUGCGACAUGACAAAAAAUUGUGUAGUAUUGACCAGCACCAUUCAGUAAUACAGCCUUAACCAUACCUCCUUGAACUACUUCAUAACUUGUCAAGAAAAGCAGUUCGCAGCAAGGGCAUGUGGUGUGCACCUAGUAUUAAAAUUGCUUUGUCUUAAAAUUGAGCGUGAGGAUAUUAAACAUACAUUGUGAAGAAGACUGCUUAUGUCAGAGUGAAGAUACGGCCGGCUGAAAAGCACUAGUUUGAUACUUAAAAAUUAAAUGACCAAAACCCUCCACUUUGAAGCUGAAGAAGGUAAACCUCUCCGUUAUUGUAUUACAAGUUGUGGAAUCUCUUGAGUGCAUACUGUCUAGUGUAUCAGACUAUUCUACUGAUGAAGUGCUUCAGAUGGGGGAGGGAAACCCUACCUGCUUUAUUUGCCUGAUUGAAGUGUCUGAGGAACAAAUCUCCUUUGUUCUUCUGGGCUGCAGUGGAAUAACUUUAAACAGGGUUUUGGCAUUUCCUUUUCUUUAUAAAACAUGCUCAGCAAGUUGCACCAGUUAACUAGUUUGGUAAAUUGUUAUGUUAACAAUUAUGACAUCUGCAAUGUUUUAUAAAGCAACUAAUUUAAUAAAAUCACUAUUGUGAGGACUUAAAUUUGGUGUUAUCUCCCAAGAGAUAUUUUUGGAGAGUAUAGAGCACAGCUCUUGGGACUAGAGUUCUCUAUAUACUUAACAAAGCUUACUAAAUGCUUGAUGCGUAGUUAAUAGCUUUAAAACAAAAAUGACUUGUCAGGCCCUUAAUAGGGUCGCCCUAUAGCACAAAGGUAUAGGCCCCUUUCCUCAUUUUAUUUAUUUGGGGAAACAUCAUUUGGUUGUUAGUUACUAAGGCCUAAUUAAGAUAUCUAGAACUAUUUAUUUGGAGUAAUUGAGCUUAUAACUCAGGUAUGGCUGUGAGCACAGAUUGAGUGAUCUUUAUUACAUAUAUAUUUUUAAGCAAUUUAACCAAAUUUGUUAAAUUUUUAAAACUGUCAGACUCAGAAGUAGGGACAGAACAAAAAAUGUUUUUAAUUUCUUUUACAUAAAAGGGGGCGGUGGUGGUCUCAAUCAAAGCUCUGUAGAACACUAAGUAGAAGACAGGACCAUCCAAAUGAUUUGAGAAAUUAACAGAAAACUGACUACACAGCAAUAAUUACAGCCAAUAAAAAUUGUUUUAAGGCAGACAAGGGCUAAGAUUUCCUUAGCAGUUAAUGAUGACAUGCACUGAAUUUAAAAUCUAUUUUAUUAUAGAGAUCAGUUUCUAACUAAUGGAAAUGUAUCAUCUGUUCCUUAACUGUGUAAAUAAUAUUAAAUUCCUUUGAAACUGGAAUCUGCAGGCACAGGUAUUCUUUAAUCAAUUUUAUAUCAUGUCCUAAAGUAAAAGCCAUCCUGAGGAAGAUGGGAGUUUUGAACUUAAUACCAAUAUCUAUAUAAAAUGGUACAGAGGAACAUCACUUUUAUAAAAUAGGAAUUUCCUUGUAAAAACUCUCAUUCUUGACCCACAAAGGACUGGUAUGAUCAGUUCUGGGUUUUAUAACUUGGACAACAAAGCUCCCAGUGCAUUAUUCUACUGUAAUCACAAACAUCUGACUGUACCUCAUUUGUGUAAGAAAACAGGCACCACCUGUAUCAGAAUCCAUCUAACC